AGAAGUUGUACCGAGUGGGGGAGAUAGUUUUCUUUUCCUGAGGAGAGCACGGUUCUCCUUUUUUUUUUCUUUCAAAAGAUUUGCAGGACUGAAUAGGCCUUCAGCCCGGAGGGAGAUGAUUGGAGAGUGCGCGUGUGUGUGUCGGAGGUUGUCUGUGCCCAGUGCUGUGUGUGCUCAGAGGGGGUGUGUCUUUGUUCAGGAAAAGUGAGCGCUUAAAACUUUGAAAGCCACUCACACACACACACACUAUGUGGUGAGUUUCAGAUGGUUCCAAAGGUGUCGUGAGAUCCACACCUACGCCGCGGUCUGAGAGAGAGGCUGUGGGCUUUUAAGAUGAACAGGAGGUCUCAGAACGGCGCUGUCGGCAAUGGAAGCAGAGCAAACAAACACGGGGCGUCCCACAACGGAGCUGGCUACUCCGAGGUCAGCCGUGAAGCCCCGGGUUCGGAGGACCCCGACGUUAAGGUGGAGCUGGGGAAGAAGGUGACGCUGCUGCGGGGCAUCUCCAUCAUCGUGGGCACCAUCAUCGGAGCGGGGAUCUUCGUGGCCCCGAAGGGCAUUCUGAAAAACACCGGCAGCGUGGGAAUGUCGCUGGUGGUGUGGGUCGCGUGCGGCGUGCUCUCCCUCUUCGGAGCGCUUUCAUAUGCAGAACUGGGAACCUGCAUCACCAAAUCAGGCGGACACUACACCUACAUCCUCGAGGCCUUCGGUCCGCACCUAGCCUUCAUACGGAUAUGGUCUGAUCUUAUUGCUAUCAGGCCGGCGGGGAUGGCGGUGCUCUCGCUUGCCUUCGGACAGUACAUCCUGGAGCCGCUGUUCAUGCCCUGUCCCGUGCCUCCGAUGGCCGCCAAGCUGGCCGCCGCCAUCGGCCUGACUGCGGUCAUGUACCUGAACAGUAUGAGCGUCACCUGGACGGCUCGCUUCCAGAUCUUUCUGACGGUCGCCAAACUCCUCGCCAUCUUAGUCAUAAUACUACCGGGGAUGUACCUGCUGUUUACAGGGGAGACAAGGAAUUUUGAGAAUGCCUUUGAUCUGACCGCUAUGAACCUGGCCGACUUGCCAUUGGCCUUCUACUCUGGGAUGUAUGCUUACGCUGGGUGGUUCUAUCUUAACUUUGUGACCGAAGAGGUGGAUAAACCGGAGAAGACCCUUCCCCUGGCCAUCUGCAUCUCCAUGGCGGGAGUGUCCAUCUGCUACGUGCUGAUCAACGUGGCGUACUACACUGUGAUGUCUGCAGACGAGCUCCUGGCCUCGGGGGCCGUCGCCGUGGAAUUUGCAAGUAGGGUGAUGGGGAACUUCUCCAUCGUGGUCCCUUUGUUUGUGGCCCUGUCCUGCUUCGGCUCCAUGAACGGCUGCAUCUUUGCCAUUUCCAGAAUGUUCUACGUUGCGUCUCGGGAAGGUCAACUUCCAGAAGUUCUGUCCAUGAUCCACAUCCGCAGACACACUCCCCUGGCAGCCGUCCUCACCAUGUACCCGAUGACUUUACUCCAGCUGUUUGUGGGAGACAUCUACAGCCUUUUAAACUUCAUGAGCUUCCUGCGCUGGCUGUUCAUCGGCAUGGCCGUGUUGGGAUUAAUCUACCUCCGGUUCACACAGCCCGACCUACCCAGGCCCUUUAAGGUCCCUCUGAUCAUCCCGGUUCUGUUCUGCCUGACCUGCUUCUUCAUGGUCUUCCUGUCCCUGUACUCCGACCCUGUCAACACCGGGAUAGGCUUUGCCAUUUCCCUCACUGGUAUCCCGGCCUACUACCUGUUCAUCGUGUUUGACCGCAGACCAAAGUGGCUCCAGAGAUGUCUAGAUUCUUUCAACAGAGCCAUGCAGAUUGUCAUGGAGGUGGUCCCUGCUGAAGCCUAACACGUUCCAACGGUGGAUCACCUCAAAGUUUGAACAGUACUGGAACAAUACUUCUAGAAGUGGAUCUGUUGAUAUCUUUUACAUUUUUGUGUGAGCAUAUCAGAAGAAGGAAUAAUAGAACCAGUGUUUUGGUUUCCGUAAGCUAAAUACUAGUGCAGGGUACGUAUGUAUUUCAAGAGUAAGACAGAAGUUACUAGUAGUGCUAAACUAACUAAUAACCUUUUUCCACCCACAUCUGCAUGCAGAUGCGGGUUUUUGAGCACAUAAAUGCCUGCACAAGAUAGGCCAUUUACCUCAUUUCCCAUUGACGUUAGACAGGUAGGCCUAUGCCUUUUAACGUUCUUUUUCUGCUGCGUCACAUUUGACGUCACAAACACUUCAGGAACCAUGGUUGGUAAACAGUGGAAAGCACUCUAGCACCAGAAGCACCUGAAGCACCUUAACAUUUCCAAUGGCCACUGUGCUAGUGGCCAUUGAAAAUGGUUCAGUGCUUCAGGUGGAAAAUAAAGGAACUUUUCAAAAAAGUCCUGCCGUCGCCACGGUUACUUUCUUAAUCUUUCCCAAUCACAGUUCAUGUCAACGGUCAGACAAACAUUUAAUAUCGGUAAGAGUAGGUUGUUAUUACAGUCAGUUGCUUCCACAAAUCGAAACUGUAAUGUUCGUGUCUUCAUGUGCUGCUUAUCCCCAUGGAUGCAUUAAAAUACGUUUUUGCUAAGAUUUUGAGGUAUUAGCUAUUUGGCUAGUUGUCAUAGAAAAAGCGUGCAAAGCACGUAAUAUGCGUCUCUUUUUUUUCAGCGAACCAAUACUUAAUCUCAGUGCGUCCCAGCGUUAUACCAGCGCCUUUCUGACACUAUGUGCGACACAUUCAGUUUCAAACUGGGUUUGAAGAACCAAAUGGCCGCCGAAGGCCACCCCAGGGGUCGUGGUUCCAGUGGCGGCUGGUGGUUCAAUUUGUGGAUGAGGCGCACUCAUGGAAAGGGGGACAGGGGGUCCCCCACUGGAAAUGUUGAGCUUGAUAGAUGUGAUUUCCUGUAUUCUGGUGCAUUUUCGGGCUGACCACUACCUAAAAAUUCAUUCCGAUUCAUCCUGACUUGCAGGGCCUGGACAAGCUUACACUUUAUAUACAGACCUACUUCAUGGCCAUUCCACCAGCAAUGGCUAUUUGACCAAUGGUUGUUAUUCUGAUAUUGAGGCAAAUUGUGAUCACUGUCCUAUAGUGUAGAAAUCUGGGACAGUUGCUUAAUUUUGUUUAUGCAAUAGGAAAGAAUAAAUUAACAUGUAACUUACUUGCUCCUUUUAAGUAUAACAUUGCUUGGGGAGUCCAAUUCCUCCACUGAAAAGGGUGGAAAGUGCUUACAACUCUUCAUGUGGUGAUAAAAAUGAAUAGCCGUCUCUGCUUGAUAGAGAGCAAAAAGUUUUGCGAGCUCACAUAGACCUCAAGCCUAGACCAAAGCAUGGACACAUUUAAAUGGCUGCUGGCAGUGGCAAGUACAGUCCAUCACACAAUUCAACAAGGUUAAACGCUUAGUAUUUAUUUCGUAUUUGUAAUGGUUGAUUCAUAUUUGGCAGAUGUAUUUGAAUUAAUCUUUCACGGAGGGGCGGCGCCCUUUAUUUACCAACCGCCGCUGCGUGGUUCCUUCCCGGCAAGUCAAAGCUGGAGACACUGCAUUUCCGGGACAUUCUGGGAAUCCAAAGCUGAUUGAAACCUUACCACUAAAGACAAAAGACAGAUUUAAGCCUGUGACGUCAACUAUGGUGUGUAACUAAAUACGAAUGCUAGUGUGACUACAAGCCUUCUUUGAUUUACAAGAACUUUGUAUGUGACCAAAGGUUAGUAAAUAUAAACUAAAUCAAAUGUUUAAAAGCCAUACUUAAUCAAUGCACAUAAAAUACAUUAAAAAAAUUGUGACAGCAGGUCAAUUCAUUCUAUAUAUUUUUCUAACUAUUAGCAUCUCAGGGCUAUUUAUGAGACUCUUAAAUAAACUAAAUUAAUCCAUGCCUCCCAGAUUCUUUAUCAGAAUAAUGUUCUGUGGUCAUUGAUGCUUUGCCGGGCCUUACUCAUACGGUGUACCUCACCUCCAGGCAGGCUGGAGGACUGGAAGCACCAGCUGUGACAGCAGUCCCCCGGAGCUCCAAGUAAACCGGGUCCACUUGGCACAACAGUUAGCAUGCAGUGCCAUGACCGUAACUGAACCACUGCUGCCCCUUUUUACUCACAAUGCACCUCAGCCCUCCAAACCACAUCG